AUGCUAACUCAAUCGGAUCUGAUUUUAUCCUUAUCAAACAUUGAGGGGUAUCACCCCGAUGAACGGCAAAAGGACCUUAACCUACAUAUACAAGU